AUGGAGGCGAAUUUUCAACGACGUGCACCCGGGCGCACAAGAGUUGGGUCGAUAAAGGACAGUUUAAGCCCCAAAGGUACGAUCAAGAAGAAAAAGCAGGACCGCAAGACCAAGGAGCGACAAACUCAAGAAAUAUCGAAUUUGAAUGUUCUAAUCGGCCGCUUGGAAGACCGAGAUACACAACAACAAGCUUUCGCUACGCUCAUUGAAUGCUUUCCAGGCCUAGGACCAUCAACGGUGAAGGAAGUGUAUGCGCUGAUCGAAAAAAACAAGAAGCCUGGUCGCUCUUCUACCCGACGCAUGCUUGUUCUUCUCAUUGCAGCACUCUGUAGAUGCCAUCCAGUCCAGUCAGCAAAGCUUCUACCAAGGAUUCUAUCGUAUACUUGCCUUCGUCUUCGCGACAAACACGCAAAGACAACGGAUGCAUGCGUGAUAUUGGUGUCAGCCAUUGCCUUGUACGUCUUGCCAUGCCCCACAAUAUCGCUGCCUGAUGCUGGGAGUACUACGCAGCCAUUUGAAGUGGUAGCUGCAGUGUUUGCGAAGGAGACUAGUGCUGUGGGCGAAGCAGCCACCAGGUGUCUCUGUGGUCUGCUUCGCCCUGUUGAUUUUGAUGGAGUAUCCGUACCAGGUCCAAGCACCAUCCUCGCUCAUGCCGUGCGAAUCCGACCAUUUUUCAAGAAUCUCUUGGCCGACAUCGUCGCGAAGAUGGACGGUAGCACGAUGUUUGCCACCUUUUCAUCUUUGUUUCUAUUGCUCCAAUCAGCAUGUCUGCUGGCUCGAGAUGCCCAAGAAAAAGGGUCUUUUACGCAGCUUGGGGACGACUUUGCUCCAUAUAUUAGUUCCAUCUACGAAGCGAUCGAGGAUUCCUUCCAAUGCGGCCCUCGAGAUAACUGGAUGUUACGUAAACGUGGUCUAGAACUGUUGACUCUGGUGCUCGAUGUAUUUGCUUUGCAAGAGUCUGCGUGGUGCUCUACUGUAGAGAUUGCUAAAGAGUAUUUUCAGUCGCAGUUGGAUCGAGUUCGAGCCCUCGUGCUCGCUGGCCGCCAUGAUUCGGUUUCUGUCGUCCGCGAAGCUGCCAUUCCUGCUGCAAUGGCGUUUGAAUGUUUAGAGAAGAUGUGUCCACAAGCACGUGGGGAGCUCCGGUCCAGCACGAGUGCUUCUACUUAUGACUUCGUUCCACCCAAACCGCCAGGCUACUCAUUUACUAGCAAACGUUGGGCAAAAUCGGUAGAGAAUAGCAGGCAUGACACUGAAAUCGCUGAGUCGAACAAAGGGAAGCCAGAUUCUCCAUCCGAAGUGGUAGAAGAUAUAAACGAGCAGAGUUUUGACGAGCAUGCAGGCGAUGAGGCUUUGCCAUCACAAGAAUCUAUCACUGCUGAAGACAACCAGGUAUCUCUCACAAAUUCAGUCAGAACGAUUCAAGAAGCAGCAAUAUAUAAUGGGACAGCGACUCAGCUUUUGCCACGGCGUCCAGAAUCUACUCCAGAUGACGAGAUAUUCACGGAAUCAUACAUGGAUCAUGGUGCUGCACCAGAAAAUGAUGAUGAAGCCGAGAAACCGUCGCAAGAUGAGAUGAGUAGCGGAGAUCAGCGCAACCAAACAUCGCGCACAGAGUCGGGUUUAAGCAACGUGGCAUUGAAAUCGUCCGUUGCAGAGGGAGUUGACAAACAACCACGAUCCAUGCAAGCACUGGCAGGAGCAAUGGAAUCCGUUAAUACUUUAAAACAGUUUGUAGCAAAGCAGAGAGCACAAACACGAUCACGUCGCGCGCAGCAUCAGGAUAUCCCUCAAAUAGCGCUUCCGAAGUCCCGAAGGCCUCGUAUACUUAACCAGACUGAAGCCUUCCAGUCAAACCACGACAUUUACGUUGAUGAUGAUAACGAGCAGGACGAUAACAACAUGGCUACCAACCUCGAGCUCACUAGGGCUGAGGCAGCUUUGGAAGCGGCACAGUGCGGCGAGUAUGAGCUAGCGUUUCGUUUGUGCAUAGUCGAAGACGACUUAAACUUGCUACGGCGUCUGAUGAUGAUGAUACAGACUCCAUGUAUGGUGGCACUGUCAAUCAUGGCACGUAAUGCGCUGUGUACAGCACUGUUGUCACUUUUAGAUGGCGAUGAAGAUGAAGACUCUCCCGAUGUAUGGUUGGUGCUGCAAUGGUUGCAGCAAUGGGUUGUAGAUGAUAGGAAACAAUUUCAACAACUCGACCCUCGCAUUAUUCGGGCACUCAGUUCUAAACUGAACGAAAUGGCAAUGACCUCGACGAAAUCAUCCCUGGCAGCUGCGCACGUGGUAUUCUUGCUUGGUAUAUGA